GAUUUUCCCUCAACUGCUGAGCUAAUGCAGAAGUGUUUGGCCGUUAAUCCAUUCGAGCUAAAAUUUCGUGAAGCAAAUCGACGUAUCAGUCAAUGCAGUGAAGAACUCCUCGAACAGAAUGGUCUUGUUCCGGUUUCACUUUCAUUGCCGACAACCGGAGGUAUAACGUUGCUGAAAUUACCUUCAUCGUUGGCGCAUUCUCCGGGCAUUUUCUCAAAUAUCAAUGUUCUUUCAGCGGAUUUUGAAAAUGAUACACUCAAAAGUGCUGACCUGUCACGUCUCGUACAACAGAUGAAAGAUAAUGGAGGCUUUUCGACACAGAGCUCACGAAUUAGCGAAGAUACAGGACGAGCGCCUCGUACCGCUGAUGUACUGAAUGCUGUGCUUGACAUGCAUUCGGAUAGGCUUGGACCACUUGGCUUCCUUGGCGCUACUGGUACUGCCACAUCACCUUUGGUAUGA